GCAUUUCGUUUCCGGUUAGUGCUUUUUCAAACGUUUUCAUCCAGCCCUACCUGUUUUAUGACAAUUAUUGAAAAUGCCCUAAAAUGUUGGCACUUCAACAAUACAGCAGUGACGAAGACAAUUCAGACCAUGAAAACAAAGAUCAUUUAGAGGAUCUCACAGCCCAUCUCAGACCAAUAAAUCAGAAAAAUGCAAUUUCUUCAACGAUUCAGUUGAAAGCAGCACCAGAUAUUUUUACAAAAGAUGAUAUCCAAGUUAACAGACAUUUAGAUUCAACAACCAAGGAAGUCAAGUAUAACCCUAAAUAUGAAGAACUUUUUGCACCAGAGAUUGGUCCCAAUAAUCCCUUUAAAACACAACAGAUGUUGGCCCCUAGGAACAUGAUGUCAGGAUUUGCAGAGCCUGCCCAUAUCAGUGACUUUCAGUUUGAUAACCAGAGAAAGACAUUCACUAGUUAUGGAUAUGCCAUUGAUCCAUCUGUAGAUAAUGUCAUAGCAGAACCAAAACUGGUUGGGGAUUCUUCUAAAUCAGAUGACAACAAAGGUAAAACAGUUUUUGAACUGACGCAAAAGAGGCCUGAGGACAAGAGAAAGAGGCAGAGAAAUGAUGAUUCUUCAGACAUAGAGGGGUAUUUGGGUCCAUGGGGCAAGUUUGUGGAUGAGAAAACUGUAAUGAAACCAAAUGAGGAAGAAAAGAAGGAACUUGAUGAAAUACUCGCAAAGAGAAGUAAAACAGGAAAACAGACUGAAGAAAAACCGUCUGAGGAGAAGACAACUCUUCAUGUUAAAGAUGCCUACGACUACCAAGGGAGAUCAUUCUUAUGUCCACCACAGGACGUUGGUAUAAAUCUAAAAUCAGACGAACCACCAGAAAAAUGUUUUUUGCCAAAGAAAUUAAUCCACACCUGGACAGGGCAUACAAAGGGUGUAGCUACCAUAAAAUGGUUCCCCAGAUCUGGUCAUUUAAUUUUAUCAUGUGGUAUGGAUUCAAAAUUAAAGAUUUGGGAAGUAUAUAAUGAUCGUAGACUAGUCAGAACUUACAGCGGACAUAAACAGGCUGUUCGUGAUGCAUGUUUUAAUAACUCAGGUACAGAAUUCCUUAGCUGUGCUUAUGACAGAUUCUGUAAACUUUGGGAUACUGAAACAGGGGAGUGUAAGGCAAGAUUUACCAGUAAGAAAGUGCCUUAUUGUAUAAGGUUCAAUCCAGAUGAAGAUAAACAACAUUUGUUUGUGGCUGGUACUUCAGACAAGAAAAUUAUCUGUUGGGAUAUAAGGUCAGGUGAAAUAGUUCAGGAAUACGACAGACAUUUAGGUGCAGUAAAUGCUUUAGAAUUUGUAGAUCAGAACAGAAGAUUUGUGUCAACAUCUGACGACAAAAGUAUGAGAAUAUGGGAAUGGGGAAUUCCUGUGGAUUUUAAAUACAUUGCUGAUCCUUCUAUGCAUUCUAUGCCUGCAAUUAAAUUGUCACCAAAUGGAAAAUGGUUAGCAUGCCAAUCUAUGGACAAUAAGAUCUGUAUAUUUAAUGUACUGAACAGAUUUAAAUAUAUGAGAAAGAAACUUUUUACUGGUCAUAUGGUAGCAGGUUAUGCUUGUCAGCCAGAUUUUUCACCAGAUAUGAGUUAUGUGAUAUCAGGAGAUGCAGAUGGAAAACUUUAUGUAUGGGACUGGAAAACAACUAAACUUUAUACAAAAUUCAAAGCUCACGAUGAUGUGUGUGCCACUGUGUUAUGGCAUCCUCACGAAACCUCAAAAGUGGCAUCAUGUGGAUGGGAUGGUGUGAUAAAAUACUGGGACUGAGAUGGAUGAAAUAUUGUAAUGUCAAAUCAGGAAAAUCAAUACCUUAUAACAAUUGAGAGGAAAAAUAAGUGUAUCCAAGAUUGAUCUCCAGAAAAUCAAGAGUACAAUUAACCAGUGACCAGGUCCAAAAAGUGUUCUGGUUUAGAAGUAGCCGAAUGUAUUUCAAAAAUCAAUAUUGAUGCUAGAACGUAUUUUCAUUUUAUCGCUAUCAUCCAAGAUCAUGUUACAUAUGUCAUUCAUUUUAAUGUGCUAUCAUUGCUGCAAUUUUAAAUAAAAUACAUCAUUACAUGUUUCUUAAAUUGA